AUGAAAGACAAGACUCUGGUUAUGGGGGCAGCAGCUUUUCCUGGUGGUUGGGGUGGUGGAAGUGGUGGUUGGGGGGUGGAAGUGGUGGAGCUAAUAACAAUGACGGUGGUGGCUGGGGACAGGAGAUUGGUGGUACUGGUCCAAGUGAUGGUGAUCAAGGAAGCUCUGGCUGGGGAACUGCCCCCAAAAAAGCAGCAGCCGGGAACGGAUGGGGGUCUGGAAAUUCUGGUGGUUGGUGAACUUAAAGCUUUAGUUUAG